AUGAAUUCAUUGUUUGGAAGACUGAACAAAACAUUGAAGAUGGAGCUCAAGAAGGUACUUCAGUCUGGGUCCAGCAAUGAAAUGUUUGGUUUUCUUAAUGAAUACAUGAGAUUUGUUGAAGAUGAUAAUGAUUCCUAUAGACACUUGUUUCUGGUUGGUGAAAAUCCUCUGAUAGCACACGAGGAGAAUAAAGAAGAAAUGAAGGAGUUCAAUAAGAAGUGUCUUGAAUUCCUUUCCAAAACAAUAAAUGGCAGCAAGAGGUCACAUCCUUACGACUCCACCUUGUCUGAGGCCGAGACAUAUAUGGGCCUUGGAUACGAGUUUGGCUUAUUUGGGCUCCGAAAGGAUGGAAGGUUGGCGAUAAGCUACUAUUCUUCAGCAGCCAGGCAGAACCAUCCAGUAGGGACAUUUAGGAUGGGGCAGUGCCUUGAAAAGGGUGUGGGAAAGACUAAGAAUCAUAGGCAUGCUUUAGACUUCUACAGGUGCUCUGCCAAACUGGGGUUUAUUGUUGGGAUGCAUGCUUAUGGCUCUGUUCUCAUCAAUGGGGAUAUAGGAAGCAAGAAAGACUUGCAAAGUGGCCUGUUCUAUUUAAAGCUCGCCGUCAGAAAGGCUAACAAGGAAUACCCAUAUCCCUAUUACGACCUUGCACAGAUAUAUGAAUCCACCACAGCACCAAGUGAGAUCCAGGCAGAUGAUGAAUACGCAUUCAGGCUGUAUUUGAAGGGUGCCGAGCUUGACUGUCCAAACUGCCAAUAUAGAGUAGCAAGAUGUUAUGAGCUUGGAGAGCUGAAACAAGAAAAGAGCCUUCCUUUGGCUGUUGAUUGGUACAGAAGGGCUUCUCUUCUUGGGCAGAUUGAUGCUCAAGUAAUAUACUCAAGAAUUCUGUUUACAGGAAUAGAGGGUGCGGUCCAACCGAACUUGAAGGAGUCAUUUUUCUGGGCACUAAAGGCUGCAGUCAAAGGGCACUCGCAGGCUGCAUUCUCUGUUGCAGAGUUCAUCGAAACUGGAUGUGGAAUGCCAAAAAAUACAUUUCUGGCAUUGUGGUGGUACACAAUCUCUUACGAGACUGGGAACACUCAGGCAAAGUCUAGACUCAUGGUCCUCCAGCGCCAGAUAGAAAUAAAGAAUGAGGGGACUAGAGAGGCAAGAUGCUGUGGAUACUUCUGA